AUGACGCCAUUUCUCGAUCCGGAUGCUCUGGGAAGCCUCCAAACAGAAGCCCCCAAUGCCCUAGCUAUUGACACGCUGAACACUCUUGGCCUCUGCGAGGCAUUCAACCGAGAAGAAUCGAAAGUUUCUCCCGCAAUUGCGUGCUGUUUACCGUCUAUUGCAUCAUUCAUUGAGGAUCUCGUACCGCGUCUCCGCAUGGGUGGAAGACUUGUUUACGUUGGCGCUGGCAAUAGUGGCCGAGUGGGGUUUAUGGAUUGCAGUGAAUUGCCUGUCACAUUUUCGACCGAUACAGACCAAUUUAUCACUCUCGUCGCCGGGGGAGACCAGGCUAUCCUCAGCGCCAAAGAAAGUGCCGAGGACUGUGAAGAAGAUGGCUCAACCCAACUUGAAUCUCUAAAUAUCAUGGCCCAGGACACUAUCGUCGGAAUAUCAGCAUCUGGACGCACACCUUUCGUCAUUGGAGCCCUGAAAACCGCUCUAAAAUUUGGUGCUUUGACGGCCGUCAUCACAAACACCUCUCCUUCACUUCUUGAGAUGUUGGGUGUUGACCACACUAUUGCUAUUUUGGUCGGCCCUGAAUUCAUAACGGGUAGUACCAGACUCAAGGCCGGCAGCGCAGCAAAACAGGUCUUGAACAUGAUCAGUACUUGCUCGAUGGUCAAGAUGGGUAAAACCUAUAUGGGCUUGAUGAUUGAUGUUCGUGCGAAAAACCACAAACUUCAAGCUCGCGGUCGCCGAAUCAUACGUCAAGUGUGCAAAAUUUUGAUUGAGAAAGGCCAUACCCUCCCUAAUAACAAUCUUGUCCAAAGAGAUUAUUCUUUGAAUUCAUUGAUUGAUUUGUGUGCAGGGAAUGUCAAAAUAGCAUGUGCUGUUGCCGUGUCUGGCCUCGAGCCAAACCAAGCCAGGCAACUUCUCGAGCUAGCUGGUGGGGACUUUCAAGUGUUUCUUGAUAAGUUCUAUAAGCCAAUCUGUGGUAUUGAUGUUGAUCAGAAGUUUAUCACUACGGGCGAUGAAUUCUUUAUCUCAAUCGAUGGCGGAGGGACCAAGUGUGCUGUCUCGAUUGCUACAAGGACCCUGAUCGUGGCACAAGCGCAUUCAGGCGCUUGCAAUUUUCAUAGUGUUCCACUUGAGGAUCUAAUGAAACAGGUAAAAACUGCCACGAUGGAAGCAAUUUCUCGCAUCCCGCGACGAUAUCGUCAAUCUUUCACCGAUAUGCCCAGAUUUGCCGCAGUGUGGGCAGGUAUAGCUGGAAUACAACAUGCCAAUCGACAGGAAACUCUAAUCCAAUGCCUUGAAAAUUUAUUUGGAGUUUCGAGAGAAACGGGAAAAUUUCGUCUGACCAGCGACAGUGCACUCCUUGGCUCCUGCAUAGGCAUCGACGAGUCUGUUGAAUCAGGUAUCUCUUUGAUUGCGGGUACGGGUACAGUUGCAACAGCAUUCAAAAGGGACCCAACGGGUGAAGUCGUUCAGAUUGGAAGGACUGGGGGCUGGGGCCCUCUUGUGGGUGAUCAAGGCAGUGCCUUCGACAUUGGCAAAAAAGCUCUGCAAUCGCUGCUAAGUAGCAUUGAACUAAGUCAGGGAUCUGGUUCACCUUGUCUCACGGAAUUGGAAACGGAAAUCCUAGCAGCCGUCGGCCAUGACAAAAACGAUGUCCUUUUACACAUACUUUACUCCACUAUACAGCCAAAGCACCGUAUUGGGAAUUUGGCAAAGGUGGUUACGAAGUUGGGAUUUCGACAAAAUAAUCCCGAUCAACAAGCCCUGGAUAUUCUCAAGUCCGCAGCCAGAUCGGUGGUUCAGCUCAUCCUGCCGCUAGUCAAGGAACAAUUUUGCAGUCCCAAUCUUAGUUCUCUUGUUCUAUCUGGGGCUUUGAUGAAUAUACCUGACUUCAAAUGUCUGGUCUUGGAUGAGCUUUUAUACCAAAAGGUUGCCCCAUUCAAAAAGAUUGUUGUUAUUGACAAUGCUUCUUCUUGCGCAGCGCAGUUUCUGGCUAGGCAGGAAAAAAUACCAAAAAUGUAA